AUGAAACUUAACAUUUGUACCCCCCCUUACUUUCGAAAGAAUGGAAAGCGGGGGUCUUGGCGUCGUCAACUUCUCGCGGGAGCAGGAGAGGAAGGCGGGCUGGGGCAUCAUCUCACCGGUAUCUACGUUCGGAGCGGCGUUGCGAGGUUGCGAGGUCGGCGCAUUCUCCCCAACAGCAGCCCAGAAGACCCUCUCUCUCAACCUUCUGUAAGCAUGACUCCCCCUGCGGCGAAGAGGAGGCGUUCGGUGGAGCACCACGAGUCCGUCAGGAACAUCACGGUGGUGAAGGGAGGCCUCAGCAUCAUGUGUCCGUCGGACGCCAUGGGCAUGCUCAUCGGCAAGGGAGGCUCUGGCCUGCGCGAGAUGCAGGAAAAGACCGGCGUGAAGGUGUCUCUCCAGGAGACCAAGUCUAUCCCCGAGGGCGCCAAGGAGCGCGGGGUCGGUCUCUCGGGAUCCCUGGACUGCGUGGCCAACGUCGAGAAGCUCAUCUUCGAGAAGCUCAACGCUCGCAGAGUCACGAGCCUCGCGCCCUCUCCCGCCGAGGAGGAGUUCGAGAUGGCCUACGAGGCGGCUAAGGCUGCGGGUAUCGAGCCGAACGGGGCCACCGACGUGAGCGACAUGAACGACCCUAACAAGAUCACGGUCGUGCGCUGGAUCAUGGACAACGCGCACUGCGGGUGGCUCAUCGGCAAGGGCGGCAGCGGCAUCCAGAACAUCGAGGCUACCUCGGGAGCGCAGGUGCGUGUUGCCACGGAGCGGAGCCUGGGCAAGGACUCCGCCGAGCGCAUCGUGUACGUGAAGGGCAACAAGUCUCAGCGAGAGGCCGCCCUCGAGCUCAUCCGGACCAACCCGAAGAUCACCGGGCGUGUCGCCUCCCCCUCGGAGCCGGAGGUUGCGGCGGUGCACGUGCCCUCGAAGGCCGUCGGGUUCAUCCUGGGGCACCGCGGUGCGUCCAUCCAGGCCCUCACGGAAAAGACGGGGGCCCAGCUCCGCGUCGCCUCCGGAAGCGAGGUCACCACCGGCGGCGGCGAGCACAGGGUGGACAUCACGGGAGGCCCCAAGCAGAUCGUCGCUGCCCGCCACGCCCUCCAAGAUCGCGUGGCGGAGUGGAGGACGAGCAACAACCCGAACGGCGAGCCCGAGGAGCCGGAGUACACCCUUAAGGUCGCCGUGCCCCAGCCCCUGGUGGGCCACAUCAUCGGCAAGGGAGGAACAUUCGUGAGGGAGGUCCUGUCCGUCACCAACGUGCAGGUGAAGAUCCAGCAGGACACAGGGUCUCCCACGAUGUGGGGCGACGCGUGCUGCGUGAUGCUGUCGGGCACCUUUGGCAACGUCGUGAGGGCGCAGCGGAUGAUCUUGGAAAGGAUCGCCAACACCAGCGACCGUCUGAAGGAGAUGGUGCCCAACGCCGUGAACAUCCUUGAAAACCACGACCCUUCGGAUGAGAUGAAGAGGGUGGAGGUGAACAUUCAGCUCCCCGACGGACCUCCGCCGGUGCAGGCUCCCGUCGGCUUCCAGGGGCUGCUGAACAACCCCCGCCGUUCGGCCAGCAGCCUCCCCCGUACGGGUUUGGCGCCCCCCCCCAGUUCGGAGGCCAGCCCUCCCGCCCGGGCCCCAACAUGGGCUGACUUGCCUCCGGUGGAGAACAUCACCUUUACUUCCAUCCGCCAGCUGAGCGCACCAGGCCUCACGAGUGCGUCGAAGCAGCCGGGAGGCAUGCUGAUGCUGGUGGACAACUCCGUGGUGGGGUCGAUCAUCGGCAAGGGAGGUCAAACCAUCCGCAAGAUCUCCCUGGAGAGCGGGUCCUCUAUCCAGGUUCAGGGCCGUGAUGAGCAGUCCCCCAGCCAGCUCGAGCGCCGGGUUACCAUCACCUCGGACGAGAUGCCGAUUCUCAUGAAGGCCGCCAACAUGAUCUGCGCAGUCCUGAGGAACGGCGAGCGGCUCGCCGCCGCCGCCCGCGAGGCGGCCGGAGGCGGCCGUGGCGACCGCGGCCCGCCCGGCAGCAACGGCAGCGGUGGCGGUGGCGGAGGCGACCGCAACCGCGGAGGCCCUGCGCCGUACAACCCGGCGGGCCCCCCUCAGUCUGCACAGCCGCAGCCUACCGCGGCCCCCGUCAACUACCAGUACCAGCAGGCGCCGCCGCAACAGCAGAACGUCCAGUACGCCCCAGCGCCGGCCAUGCAAUCCACCUACCCCGCUCAGCAGCAGGGGUUCGUUGCCCUCCAGGCGGCACCGGGGGCUCCUAUCCAGCAGCCGGUGAGUUCCCACGUCGGAUUCCGUCCAACUUAG